GUUUUUAUGCAUUUACCUCUUGUGUUUGAUAACUUGUUUAUCUUGGGACGGAGAGUGGCCGGAGUACUGAGUGAAUGAUUCGAAAAUGAAGAUAGUGAGUUACAACGUGAACGGGUUGAGACAACGCAUAACUCAGUUCGGUUCUCUUCGGAAUCUUCUUAAUUCAUUCGACGCUGACAUUCUUUGCUUUCAGGAGACAAAACUUAGUAGGCAAGAUGUUACAGCGGAUUUGGUUAUGGUUGAUGGAUACGAAUCUUUCUUUUCUUGUACCAGAACUUCCCAAAAAGGCCGAACCGGUUAUUCUGGUGUUAUUACAUUUUGUCGUGUAAGGUCUGCUUUUUCCAGUAACGAAGCAGCAUUGCCUUUGGCAGCUGAGGAAGGAUUCACUGGCCUAUUGUGUAGCUCUCAAACUAGUGAAGGCAAGUUGCCAUUCUUUAUGGAAGAAGAUCUUGAGGAUUUUUCAAAAGAUGAGCUUCUCAAUGUUGAUAGUGAAGGGCGAUGUGUUGUCACUGAUCAUGGUCAUUUUGUUCUUUUCAAUAUUUAUGGGCCUCGAGCUGGAGGCGAUGACACAGAGAGGAUUCAGUUUAAAAAAACUUUUUACAGGAUACUGCAGAAAAGAUUGGAGUCUCUACUGCAUCAAGGAAGGAGAAUAUUUGUUGUAGGUGAUCUUAAUAUUGCGCCAUUUGCAGUUGAUCGGUGUGAUGCAGGACCUGAUUUUGAAAAAAAUGAGUUUAGAAGAUGGUUCAGAUCAAUGUUAAUCGAAAAUGGAGGUCGCUUUUCUGAUGUUUUCCGAGCCAAGCAUCCUGAUAAAAUGGAUGCAUACACAUGUUGGUCGCAAAGUUCAGGUGCUGAAGUGUUUAACUAUGGGAGUAGAAUUGACCAUAUUCUAUGUGCUGGUUCAUGCUUACAUAAAUCAGAUGACCUGCAAUCCCAUAGUUUUAUAGGAUGCCAUGUUAAGGAAUGUGAAAUUCUGACUCAGUACAAACGGUUCAAACCUGAAAGCACACUGAGUUCCCACAGGUGGAAGGGAGGACAAAGCAUUAAACUUGAAGGAUCCGAUCAUGCUCCAGUUUGUGCGACUUUAAUGGGAAUUCCUGAGGUCUCUCUGCAUAGUACUCCCUCCUUAUCUUCUAGAUAUGUUCCCAUGGUUCAUGGCGUACAGCAAAGUCUAGUGUCAUUGUUGAUGAAAAGACGAGUUUCUGAAUCGUGCAAGAUGGCAAACGGAGACAUUCUAACGGUUAGUACUUGUGAGAGAAUAGAAGAACCAGUCGACAAAAUUGGUUCGUCAACCUGUGAAUGCGAUUUGUUUCCAAACCAGGAUUCAGAAGGUAGCAUUUUGAAACCAAAUGAACUUUCGGCGGGUUCUUCUCAGGAGUCUGUUUCUAAAUCAGGAAGUGUAUAUGAAAAAUCAAUAACUCAGAAAUGCAAUGAAUCCAAGAAAAAAGCUAGAAAUAGUCAAUCGUCCCAACUCUCCAUUAGAUCAUUUUUUCAGAAAAGCACAAGUCUUGACAAUGGUGUCAAGGACUCUUGUAUUAGUUACUCUAAUAAUGAGGCAGAACCCUCACAACCCAACUCUCAAUUACUUGAAACUUGUACAAUUAUUGAUCAUAGUAGCAAUCCUGGUCAAGAUGAAAUAAAUGCUGAUGUUUGUGGUCAGGAUUUAGCUGAAAUAAAUAAUAGUUCUAGAAAGGAAGAAAAGAGUAAUGUAGCUUCACAAGAGUGGCAAAGAAUACAAAAAUUGAUGCAGAACAGUAUACCUCUUUGCAAGGGACAUAAGGAACCUUGUAUUGCUCGAGUGGUAAAGAAACAAGGAGCUAAUUUUGGUCGCAGAUUCUAUACUUGUGCUCGUGCUGAGGGCCCUGCAUCUAAUCCUGAAGCAAACUGUGGCUACUUUAAAUGGGCUACUUCAAAGUCUAAGAAUAAAUAAUGGUGGUGAAGAACAUUUGAUUUGCUUUGUUGGUGACAGUAUGGAGCAUCGCAGUUUUGAAUGAUUCUGAAAGUGCAACACUGCAACAACCUAUUUGAAGAAGAUGCCUCUAUAAUAUUUUGUUCACCCUUUUUGACAUAUUGUAGCAGGCAUGUUUCUGCGCAGAGGAGAAUAAUUAAGAAGUAAACGAUAUAAGGAAUUGGAUAAAAGAAAAUUAGUUCGGCUAUCAAUACUUCAUCUCAGCAUCUAACAUGGUUGGAUCCUACCACUCUAGCAUACAUUGAGGCGGCCAACAACCCUAGGUGAUUUAUUUACUUGAGAUUCUGCUUAACAUGUCCCUGCACCAUGUUUGUUGUGAAAAGUGCUCCAUCAAGCAAUCCCAUGAUUAAACUCGUGAUCUUGCCACCUACCUUGGCUUCUACGACUACUUCGGUUUAAAAGUUUGUCACCCCCUCAUUUUCUUUUAGGCAUCGGAAGUGGUAGAAUUUUGUGUUUAUCAGUUUCUGGUGGAUUGAUAGGUCUUAGCCCACAUGUAAGGGGUGGAGUCACAUUACUGUCACACUGAGAAAUGCUAAUUUCAACUAACGAUAGUGUUGAAGAGAAUGUAUUGGUAACUCUUAUUUUGAAAAGUCGCGCUACUAAUAUUCAUAUGUAUCCUUUCUGCUCAAGUCAUCUUGUGUUACGGCCCAUUUGCUUUACUGGUAGAAACUGUAGUUAGUCAGAUAAAAAUAUAGCAUGUCCUUGACCAAAAAAUAGUGUAUUCACAAGUAAUUUAUUUA